UUGAGUUAAUUCGGGAAACGUGAGUUACACUUAUAAAGCAACUAAUUUUAGCUGGUCGCGAAAACGUCAGAAGAUAAAACGCUUUGCGAAAUUAGCGGAAACGUUAAUAACGGUACCCAACGUUUAUGGCAACGGCAAGCUAGCCGAUUAGCAUUGCGCUCAGUCGAGGUCACCUGAGACUGCGGUGGUGAACAGGUGUGUCUCCGCCUCGUAGCAAAAGGUGAAAGCAGGAUGAGUCAGGGGGACUGGAUGCCGAUGGAUGCAUCCAAACCACCGUCGUUUUUCCUGAGAAGCACCUCAGCAGUUUCCCUCAAUGAGCGCUUCUCUCAGGUGCUGGAGAACCAGCUGUGCCAUUCCAGGAUGAGGACCUUUGACCCCGUCCUGCUGGAGCAGAGGCAGGUGUUUGAUGCCCCACAGGUGGUCCUGCUGGUGAGCAGAGAGAGUUUGUCAUCGCUGCAGACCUGUGACAUGUCUGUGGGGGUGAAGCAGCGUCUGAGGAGGAGGAGGAGGAGUGUCUGGACUCGACUUGGCUGGCAGCAAGUGACUCGACGUCUUUCGACUACCAGGCCUAAAGGCUUCUGGAGCUUUAGGAACAAAUACAGGUGGAGAACCAGAUUCAGAUCCAUCUACAGGGGACGACGUAACCUCCACAGUCGACUCGGGCAGCGUCGCCUCCUGAGGACGAGAAACAUUCAGAAAUUAACUGCAGGACGAACACACCUGCAGAAGGGCGGGGCCAACACCUGCAGGUGGUGGGGCCGGAGCAAAGCCAAGAUACCAACCAAGAAGCAGCUGGAUGCACAGCUGGACAAGUACAUGUCUAUGUCCAAGAGCCGAUUGGACAAACAGCUGGAUGACUACAUGUCCAUGUCCAAGAGCCGCCUGGACGCAGACCUGGACGAGUACAUGUCAAUGGCUGGACAGACGGAGACAAUCUGGGACUGAGUCUGAAGGCGGGGACUGAAACAAGUUUGA